UUAUAUCUAAGAACACUUUCCGUUGAUUUUGAAAUCGUCUAUUGGUUACGAAAUUCAUGUCCAAAAGUAAGUCGUCUACAUGAGUUUACCUGCUGGUAAAUGCAUACCGAGACGUUUGACAUAUCGUAAACAAUUGACCGAUCCGAGGUUAUAAAUUUCAAGUGAUUCUUUACGCAAUGGGCUCGCUGACCAGCAGGCAAAAUGCUGGAGUGGAAGAGGUUGAUAUUGUUUCUAAUCAUGCCUACAAAUAUCCCCCACGAUCAGGGAGCUAUUUUGGCAGUCACUUUAUAAUGGGAGGAGAAAGAUUUGACACUCCACAACCGGAAGCAUACCUUUUUGGAGAAAAUGCAGAUUUGAACUUUUUAGGCAGUAGACCAACCCCGUUUCCAUAUCCACCACCUCAACCUAACGAUCCCACCAAAACACUUAAAAGUUUGGUGAACAUAAGGAAGGAAUCUCUUAGAUUAGUCCGACAUAUGGAACAAACAUCUUCCUCGCAACACCAAAGUGCAAAGCAUUAUGGUGAUGGUGAUGCCGAUAAAAAAACUACACGAUUUAAUAUUGAAUUUACUUUUGAUUGUGAUGUACGAUGUGCUAUAACUUUAUACUACUUUUGCACAGAAGAAGUUACGACGAAAGGGGUCACUUACAUCCCUCGAGACCCUUCUAUGAAUUCUGAGACUUAUCGCUACAAAAAAGGUGCUAAUCAACUGUUCUCUCAAACCUCACAUGUAUUUGAGCCAAUUUUGUACAGCGAAGAAGACUUAUUAUAUAAUUCCGAUAAAGAGAUAAUUCCCAUAGCUAUUCAUUGUGUGGCAGAGGAAGGUUCGGACGAGCCAAAACAAUCUCAUACAACUAUUGCUGUUGUUGAGAAGCACUCUGAUGGUUCUUACAUAUUAAAAGCUCUCAAACAAAAACUCUUUGUUGAUGGACUUUGUUACUUGUUACAAGAAAUAUAUGGAAUCGAAAACAAAAACACUGAAAGUGCUAAGCAACAGGGAAGUGACGAAGAUACGGAGGAUAGCGGUUCUGAGUGUGUGAUAUGCAUGUGCGAUGUACGAGAUACUUUAAUUUUACCGUGCAGACAUUUAUGCUUGUGCAAUGGAUGUGCAGAUUCCCUCCGUUACCAAGCUAAUAACUGUCCAAUAUGUCGAGCUCCAUUCAGAGCUUUACUGCAGAUCAAAGCCCUCCAAAAGGUUUCCGAAGCUGUCAUUUCCAAUCCAUUAUUACCAGAAGGAAGUUGUGACAAUAUACCACCAGGAUACGAAGCCGUAUCAUUGAUAGAAGCUUUAAAUGGACCUUACACGCCCAGGGCUGCCGUUCACCCAUCAGAAUCUCUCGAUACUCCUGAUACAGAUGUCACAAAUGCUAUUCAAGCUGCCGAAAUGUUAAAUAGAUUGGCAGAGUUAACACCAAUUUCGAAGCACAUCUCUCCAAAAGAUACCGAGAUAUCGUCAGGCACCAGCAGUUCCCCCUGCCUCACACCGGAGUUCCCGAUGUCUAUUCUACUAGUAAGGGAUGACAACUCGGACUCGCAAAAAGACGUGCGUAGCAGAUCCCCUGCGACCAGGAUUAAAGGUUCUGGACGACCUCGAGAUAAAACUAGUCUUCGAACAAGAGAUACUCUGAGACUGGUUAAUGAGAAACAAGCUGCUCCCAUUGAUGAGGGUCAAGACGAAGACAGCGAAGCUGAAAAAUUAUCCCCACUGUUGGAUGCAGCUACAAGUACCGAAGCUCUGGAAGCUCGCAUCCAUCCAAUCGAUGACAUUGAUAUCGAAGAGGAAGCACAGGCUGUAAACGAACAUACAGCUGAGGUUACCUGUCACUCCGAUAAGAAUAAUGUAUUAUUUAAUACAGACUAAGUUUGUAAUCGCUAUUUGAUUAUUUAUCAACAUCAUCUUAGAAUGUGACUGGUUCUUAAUGGUAGAAAAUACCAAUCGUUUAUCCCUGAACCUUAAGUAGGUAGUGAGUAUAGCAAACAGUUACAAUAUGAGGUUAAGAUCUUGAAAUGAUACAUUGCUUAGAAGUUAUCAUGUAAAAUCAAUUAAUAGAUAUUCUUGUUGAUGAGACUAAGAUAUAAAAUUGGUUGUUACCAUGUCACUAAAUUAUUGUAUCCAAAUAGGGAUGCUUUUUUUAAACGUCUCUGUCCUUCAUUUUCUUUGACGUCCUCGUAAAAGAUUAGAAAAAUGAGCACUUGAAACAUCCUCAAGUGUUAUAUAACAACACAACACAUAACAUUAUAUGCAGUCACGGAAUUGCGACAUAGAUAAGUUUUAGUAAUUUUAACUUUUAACUGGUUCUGGAUAAGUUGAUAACUACACAUUUUGUUUUGAUCACACUGUUCAUAUUUUCUAAACUAAAUUCUUUUGUGUGUGUAUAUAAAUAUAAUAGAUUACUCUUAUUCUAUUCCCUACAUUUUUUUACUUGUAAACCAAGUGUAAAAAUUUACAAAAUUUACAUAAGACUCGAAUACCAACCUUAGUUUAUCAGAAAUGUAAUUGAAUAAAACUUUAAUUGUAAUUAAAAUAUAAAUAUAAGCACACUGGCUUCAAAUGUAUUGGAAAUCACAAAAUAUAUUGCGUACCAUUUUUA